ACAAUGCACACUGCAUACUCACAAGCCUAAAAGAAAUAAUUGUGAAACUAUUUCCAGUUUCUAACUCAUGGAAACCUCUUCAUCACUAGCCUGCAUUCAGUCUCUGGUCAAUGAGAUCAAGAAACAAGUUUUCUCGACCCAGAGCUCUCAUCAUCUCGUUGCACCGUCUCCUUAUGAUACAGCUUGGCUAGCCAUGAUCCCUGACCCCAGUAAUCCUGACCGUCCGUUGUUCCAGAGUUGCCUCAACUGGGUGCUUGAUAACCAGAAUGAACAAGGGUUUUGGGGGGAUUACAAUGGCGAGGAUGGGAUCCCCACCAUUCAUGCUCUCCCUGCAACUCUUGCGUGUUUGGUUGCCCUCAAGAAAUGGAAUGUUGGUGAACACAACAUUAGCAAAGGUUUGGCGUGUUUUCAUGCACAUGUUGAUAUGGUCCUAACUGAGAAUGCUGGUCGGCUUCCACGUUGGUUCACCGUCGUUUUCCCAGCGAUGAUUGACCUAGCACAAGCCACCGGCCUGCACCUUACGUUUCUCAAUCAACCAGCAGGCACUUUGCUUUCAAACCUUUUCAUCAAGAGGAAGCAAAUGUUUGAAAGAGAAAAGCUUGUGGAUGAGUGGGGGCAUUAUUCUCCAAUAUUUGCGUAUUUGGAGUGUUUUCCGAGUGCAAUUCUUGAUGAUCAAGAAAAAAUAUAUGAACACUUAUAUCAUGGUGACGGGUCGUUUUUUCAAUCACCAUCUGCCACCGCACACCUUUUCAUGACUACUGCAAAUGCAAAGUCUCUAAAAUAUCUUAACUCUCUUGUUCAAAACUACCCCAAUGGAGUGGCGGCAAGGUACCCCAUGGACGAAGAGCUAAUAAAGCUUUGCGUGAUAGAUCACAUCCAAAGGCUGGGGUUGGCUGAGCAUUUUAGCCAAGAAAUUGCGCAAACUCUUUCGCAGAUCUAUAGGAACCAACAAAAGGCGGCGGAAUUGCCUCACGAUAUGACUAGCCUAGCUGAGAAGUUACACAAGGACUCUCUAGCUUUCCGGCUUCUCCGAAUGCAAGGAUUCCACAUGAAUCCAAGGAAGCUUUGCUGGUUUCUGAAACACGAAGACAUUGUGGGUCACCUAGAAGAGAAUCACGAGUAUUUCACAUGCGUACUGUACAAUAUCUACAGAGCCACAGACCUCAUGUUCCAUGGAGAGGAUGAAUUGGAGGAGGCAAGGUCAUUCUCAAGAAACUUACUUCAGAAAUCGCUGGCCCUCAGAGAUGGUGACGAUAAUCUAUCAGUAUCCCCAGAACUGCUAAAUCUGAUUGAGCGUGAAUUGAGUGUCCCGUGGAGUGCACGAAUGGAUCACCUUGACAACAGAUUGUGGAUCGAAAACAAGUUCAACCCAUUAUUAUGGAUUGGGAAAGAUUCCUACUAUAGGUUAUCCUGUCUUCAAAAUGAGAAGCUACUGCAACUUGCUGAGAAAAACUUCGAGCUUCGACAGUCUACUUACAGGAAUGAACUGGAAGAGCUGAAAAGGUGGUCCAAGGAAAAAGGACUUGUUGAUAUUGGAUUUGGGAGGGAGAAAACCAUGUACACUUAUUUUGCAGUUGCGACCAGCACAUCUUUGCCCCACGAUUCCAUCAUACGUUUGAUUGCUGCGAAAGCUGCCAUAGUUAUCACCGUAGCUGAUGACUUUUUCGACAUGGAAGGUUCUUUACCUGACCUGCAACUCUUAAAUGAUGCAGUUCAAAGAUGGGAUGGCGAAAAUCUUCGUGGCCCUAGUAAGGUUAUCUUUGAUGCCCUGGAAGAUCUUGUGACAGAAAUCGCAACAAGAUAUUACAUUCAACGUGGAAGCAAAAUAACAGCACAACUUAGAGAUAUCUGGAGAGAGACAUUUGGUUCAUGGAUGAGGGAAAGUACAUGGAGCCAAACAGGAUAUAGACCCACCAUGGAACAGUAUCUUGAAACUGGCAUGGUAUCCAUUGCUGCCGACACUGUUCUUCUUCCUGCGGCUUGUUUCUUAACUCCUAGCUUGCCUACUCACAAAAUGAAACCUGCUUUCUACGAGGAUGCCACAAAGCUGCUCAUGACUGCCACCCGUUUAUUGAACGACAUCCAAAGCUAUCAAAAGGAAAAGGAGGUUGGGAAAAUGAACUAUGUAUUGCUACACUUGAACGAACAUCCAGAAGGACAUAUAGAGGAUUCAAUCGCCUACGUUAACGACAUGGUUGACAAGAUGAGGAAACAAUUUCUCCAACAUGUACUCAUGACGACAGAUGAUGAUGGUGAUGACAACUACAAUAAUAUGCCCAAAUCAUGCAAACUUUUUCACCUUUCUUGCUUCAAAGUGUUCCAGAUGUUCUUCAACUCCUACAACCUCUUCGAUUCCAAGGCGGACCUAAUGCAAGAAAUCAUGAAAGCUUUCUACAUUCCUUUCGAACAAGAUCAACAACCAUCCAAUAAUCCUCUAAUAAUAAAGGUCAUAAAACCCCUCCCAGUGCUGCCACCCCUGGAGAGGAGCAGUAGUAGUGAAGGUGCCAAGGUUUCUGCUUCUUUGGGCCCAGCUGCAACCUUAAAGCACAAGAAUAAGGUUGCCAUAAGCUUCAUUAGAAAACAGGUUCCCAGAAACUGUUCUUUGGGUUUCUACAGCCCUAAACCAUGCACCCCUGCAAAACUCAAGUCUUGUUUCAUCUAAUCCCAAAUCAUCAAGCUAAGCACCUUAGAAUUUAAUUUUCGUUUUAUAUAUGUAACAUAUACUAGUUGUAACAAGUAGUGUAUCGU